AUGGGCUUAAAUCCGGAAUUAUUCCGGUUACCGGAUCGUUCAUCGGGACAGCAUAACAUGACAAUACGAGAACUUUGUGACAACGAUGAUAUGGCAACCAGCGUUAUCGUUGAUCCUGUUCUUGGUUUUCGCACUCAUAAGAUGAAUCUCCAUUACCGUCCACCAAAACACGAGGAACAAAUUAAACUGAAGAACAUAUUGAGAAAGUAUAAGGAGGAUCAGGAUUUGUGUGCAGCGAUUCGCAACAUUUUCCAUGUGAACGCAGUAACGAGAUUUCUGAAACGACGGACUUUAAAACAGCAACUUGCUUUCCGGGAUCACCUUUUGCGGUUUAUGCGGAUGUUCUCCAACGAUUCAGGCUUUACAGUUCAAGCAUGUCAUCGUUACAAAACGGAAAAUCGCCUUGGUGGAAUGCUAGUUGCUACGAAGUCAUGGCAAAAAGGUGAUGUGAUUGGCAGUUUAGUAGGCGUUAUUGGUGAUCUCAGUCACGAAGAAGAAUCUCAACUGUUGCGAAAAGACGUCAAUGAUUUUUCUGUCAUGUAUAGUACAAGGAAACAACGAGCUCAGUUAUGGCUUGGUCCUGCUGCUUAUAUUAAUCAUGAUUGUUAUCCCAAUUGUAAAUUUGUUCCAAAUAGCUAUGCCGCUGUUGUACAGGUGCUGCGUGACAUUGCUUUAGGGGAAGAAAUUACGGCUUAUUAUGGCGAUAACUUUUUUGGCGAUAACAAUAGUCGUUGUGAAUGCUUGACUUGUGAACGAGCUUGCAAAGGUUUUUUCACAAGUUUGAUGGUAACAGCUGCUGCUUCGUUGGAAAAAAAUAAUGGUGAAUCAAAAGAAUCUGGUAAUAGUUAUAAAUUUCGUGUAACCGAUUCGAGGCUUUGCCGUCAUAUGCCACAAUCAAAUCAACUUAAUACGACAAUGACGCUUCGCCGACACACUGUUGCUGCUUUACGACAUGUCCCUCAUCGCUUCUCAACUGAAAGAUUUCAAACGGAAGGUUCUAUGAAUCGUUUGAAAAAAAGGACUAGGAAAGUGAAUAAUGAUCCUUGUGUUACUAGAAAUCAGCAGAGGCUUAGGCGGACCAUAAGAACGUCAUCAUCUACAUCUUCGUCCACAUCUUCGUCCCCAUCGUCAUACUUGGCUGUGCCCAAUGUGCAAACUUGGAUGAACACUGCACCGUACUUAAUUGUGAACAAUACUAAGGCAAAUAUUUCUAAAGCCAGGAAUUAUUCGGAAGAAAGCGAUUUAAAUACCUCGAGUAAUUUGGUUCCAACUAGGAAAUCUCGCAUAUGCCAAACUGUAAAACCAAAAAAAUCAACAAAGGAUAAUGGAUCCACACAACUUAAUCGUUCUAGCAGGUUAAAUAAUCGAACGUCUAACCAGUUGAGCUGUGAAAAACCGCGUACAUCGCAGAAUGGUUUGCAAAUUCUUGCUGCUGUUGCGACCACGAUGAGCUUUAUUGAUGGAUCUCAUUUGAUGCCGUUAUCACAAGAUUCCCUUAAUUACAUUGGUGAUAUUGACGACCAUGACGUUAAAAGUGAGCAUUUCUCCGAUGACGAUGUGGAUAUUCGAUCAGCCUCUAAUUACUGCAACGGUUGCAAUAUCGCUUUGGAUCGCAGUGCAGCGGAAGUUAUUAAAAGUCGUUCACCUUCUGGAUCCGAUAGUUUGGAAAAAGUCGUUAACUCUUCGAAAUCAUCUCUCUCGGGAAAUCAUGAUGUGCUUUCAACUGUUUUUGAUGGGAAUGGGUGCUAUGGCGAUGAUGGUGAUGGUUAUGAUGACGUUUCUGAAACCGGUUUAGAUAAUAACAUACAUUACAGCAAAGGAGAGAAACCUGCAGAUGAAGUUCAGUAUAAUGAUGUUUCCGAAGCAAAAUUUGAUAAUAUGCACAGGAGACGUAGAAGCAAAGUCCAUCCCUAUUAUAAAAUCGCAUUUCACAGUUUACUGACACCUACUUCUGGCUAAGCUGAUUCCAUCCUUUUUAAGUCUUGUAGUUGUGAAUAUUUUUAUCGGGAUUCCCUUUUCUAUCUGCCUUUAUUAGGAUUUUCUGAGCGUACUAUGCUGCAACACACCUUUAUAUUGUUAUUUCCAGCUUCUCUUGCACAUUAUUAUUUUUUCGUUGUUCCCAUGUCAUCUUUAUGAUGCUUCUGCCACUUUCGAAUUAUGUUUCGACUCUUGUAUAACUUCAAAAGAAUGCUGAAGUCGAUUUUCA